AUGCGAGGGGCGAGGGCGAGGGCGAAGGCGAAGACGAAGACGAAGACGGGGGGACGCGAAGAAGGCCGCGCUUCUGCCGCGAGCCACUGCCCGGCGCUCGACGUGGGAGGCGAUGUGCUUAGGGGCGGGGCGAGGCGUGCCUCGUGUGUACUCGUCCGUGUCCCGAGCUCUCUACCGCCGCCCCCGCCCGCACGAUCGAACGCCGCAGCCCGUUACAUACUUCAGUCCGUUGGCGUUACGCAUCGUCUUGAGCGCGCCUGCAACUCACCCGCGUCCGAGCGCAAGUUCCAAGAGAGCGAGAGUGACCUCGCGCGAUUGUGCAUCCGUUAUCUUAUUCAGUAUCGUAUCGCCCUCAGCUGGGCGAGUGGGUGGGUGGGACAAGUACAUGGCGGUCUCGUGUAA